CCCACCCCUCUGCUCUCGGAGGCUGUAGUUGAUCAGAUCACAUCAGACUGUGCGCUCACACUCCGAGAGGAGAGACGUGGAUGAAGAGCGAGCGUCUGCCUGCACUUUCUUCACUUACCCAGGAUCGGUAAUGAAGACAAGAAGAUAAGAGAACAUCUCCUCUUCUGUGUAGUGAGUUCGGUGAAGGUUCUGCGGAUGAGGUUGGACUGAGACCCUGCACACGGAGAGAGUCUGUGAGGAGAGUCUGGGGUUUGUUCUGCAAGUCGUUAGAUCUCCACUCGCAGUGUCGGGGAAACGAAAGGAGGGAGCAAAAACGAGUGCUUUCACGCAGUCGGAACUUUCACACUGUGAGAGUGGAGUGUCGAGUCAUGGGCAUGUGUCACCUACGCAGGCGAGGAUGGGCAAACUCCAGGACGACCAUGAGAGGAUAAUCCUCAACGUCGGCGGCACGAGGCACGAGACAUACCGCACCACGCUACGGACGCUGCCUGGUACACGCCUCGCCCUGCUCGCCUCCAUCCCGUCUUCCUCCCUCUGUGGUUCUGGUUCUGGAUCGGACGCAGAGUCUGCACUGCUGGACCACCACCAUCACCAUCACCACCAUCAUCAUCAUCAUCAUGAGCAUGAUCAACAGGUGCGGAUCGGUAACGAGUACUUUUUCGACCGUCACCCAGGUGUGUUUGCGUACGUGCUGAAUUACUACCGCACGGGGAAGCUGCACUGCCCUGCCGACGUGUGCGGCCCGCUGUUCGAAGAGGAACUCGCCUUCUGGGGCAUCGACGAGACGGACGUGGAGCCGUGCUGCUGGAUGACCUACCGCCAGCACAGAGACGCCGAGGAGGCGCUGGACGUGUUCGACAUGAACGUGAUGGACAGCGGGAUGGGGAACGAUGAGGAUGAGGAGAAUGAUGAAGAAGAGGACAAACGUGAGGUGGGGAAGAGGAUGAGGGUUGGAGAGGCAGAGCAUGCCAGGGGAACCAGUUUGAACCGCUGGAGGAAGUGGCAACCCAUCAUCUGGAACCUGUUUGAGGAUCCGUACUCAUCUCGGGCUGCUCGGUUUGUGGCUUUCGCCUCUUUGUUCUUCAUCAUGGUCUCCAUCACUACCUUCUGCUUGGAGACUCACGAAGCCUUCAACACCAUCAUCAACAAGACGGAUGCUUUAAGGAACGAGAGUGUGCUCGACUUGGUGCCUCAGUAUGAAAUCGAGACGGAUCCAGCGCUCACAUACGUGGAGGGCGUCUGCGUCCUCUGGUUCACCUUCGAGUUCCUGGUGCGAGUGACAUUCAGUCCUGAUAAACUGGAAUUUGUCAAGAGCGUGUUGAACAUCAUCGACUUUGUAGCCAUCUUACCAUUUUACCUCGAAGUCGGACUGAGUGGUUUGUCAUCCAAAGCGGCUAAAGACGUCCUGGGGUUCCUUCGAGUGGUCCGCUUCGUACGUAUUCUCAGAAUCUUCAAGUUGACACGUCACUUUGUCGGACUGCGGGUUCUCGGACACACCCUGCGUGCCAGCGUCAAUGAAUUCUUUCUCCUGAUCAUCUUCCUCGCCCUCGGUGUCCUUAUCUUUGCCACUAUGAUCUACUACGCAGAGCGGAUCGGCGCUAAUCCCAACGACCCGACUGCUAGCCACCACACCAUGUUCAAAAACAUUCCCAUCGGGUUCUGGUGGGCUGUGGUCACCAUGACGACUCUAGGGUAUGGUGACAUGUACCCUCAGACGUGGUCAGGGAUGCUGGUAGGGGCGCUGUGUGCACUAGCAGGUGUGCUAACAAUAGCAAUGCCAGUUCCAGUCAUUGUCAAUAACUUUGGCAUGUAUUACUCGCUAGCCAUGGCUAAGCAGAAGCUACCGAAAAAGAGGAAGAAGCACAUUCCACAGGUGGUGCAAACUGCAUCUCCAUCCUUCUGCAGGACUGAUCUGAGUUUAGCCUGCAACAGCAACCCUGUGGAUCUGCGUUUGGGACACAGCCGAGGGCUCGAGUGCCACCGAUCAGGUGAUAUGGUUGUCUCUGCAGACCUCAGUGCAGGAAGUGACAUCACAACAACUCCAGAAGAGCGAGUUCCGAUGCAGGAUCGGCACGGUGGUGGAACUUGCUUCCUGUUGGCUGCCAGUGAUUACAGCUGCACUGCUGACUCCGCCCUUCGCAAAUCAGGCUUUGAGAAAUCCCGAAGUUUAACCAACAUAGCAGUGACAUCAUCAUACAACUCACCCUGUCCAAUCAGACGCAUUCGCUCGCCGAUUCCAUCAGUCCAAUGAAACACCGGCAUCUGCAUAUUACAGACACUUCCCGUGUGGGCGGGGCUGCGUAUACUUACAUAUAUAACAUUCAAACAACAUUAUAGGCAAUAAAUUAAUAUUGACUUUAAACAACAUCAGCAGAAAUUCAGGUACAUAAUGUGUAAAUAAAUCUUUAGAUAUGAUACAGAUAACCUGGGCUUCCAUUUAUUCUAGUUUCCACUUGCCCUAGAUGCCAGACUGAGGGGUAAAAAGUGUCAGUGUGGGCAAUAUGUUAUUUAAACAUCUGGAUUGCUUUGAAGUGUCUAUAAUUGAAAUAUUAUGUUUACACACCUGAUACAUCUUAUUGUAGCAUUGUUCAUAACUGUGCUCUGAUUCUGCCCCACCCAUAUGCACCCCUUUCUGACCCACUCAAAUGCUCCUGUUUUUUUCUACCCCGACCUAAUUCCUCUUAUUGCUCUCUUUUUCCCCUGCCCAAAUGCACCUGCCCUGUUUCUGCCCCACCCAAAUACUCUCAAUUCCUUUCUGCCCAACCCAAAUUGUCCCACUUCCUUUCUACCCCAUCCAAAUACUCCCACUUCCUUUCUACCCCAUCCGAAUACUCCCACUUCCUUUCUACCCCAUCCAAAUACUCCCACUUCCUUUCUACCCCAUCCAAAUACUCCCACUUCCGUUCUACCCCACCCAAAUGCUCCUACUUCUUUUCUGCCCUACCCAAAUGACCCUUAUCCUUCUGCCCUGCCUGAGUGCCUCUUUAGUGUUAUCAACCACCAAAUGUCUUCUCUUUACCCCAAUAUUCCCCUCUUACCCCUUUCUGUCCCCACAAUUGCCCCGUCUCAUUAUAUAAUUGAAGUGUGAUUAUUUAUUAACUAUUAAUGAGAAUGCAGUAUUGUAUUAGUAAUCAAACAUAUCUAUAACAAUGUUCCAAAUGCAAUGAUCAUGUAAUUCAUGUGUAAUAAAGGUGUAAUAGGCUUGUAAUAACACAUUUA